AUGGCUGCUCGAGUCCUCUUGCAAAGGCGCGCUCUGGCGGCUGCUGCCCUCGGUGGUGUGGCCCUCAUGCCGGCAACGGUUCUGGCAGAGGCACCCGCCGCAGACAAGAGGAAACCCAUUUACGACGACUUUGAGGCUCUGGCCCCGGCCCCGAAAUCGUCCGCGUCUCAAGUUUCCGAGCCGAAGCGAGAAACCAGCAGCGGCAAGGCGGCUCCCGCCAGCGCCAACGACGACGACAGCGCCCUGGCGGUGGUCAAGAAGCCCCGCGGGCCCACGCCGACCGACCAGCUUGCGGUGCAGAUUGGCAAGGCCCGCCUGGCGCUGUACCGGUCCGCCGUGGCGGCCGAGGACGCCGUCAACGCGACCAUGGACCGCGCCUUUGACCUAGAGCAGUCCUUCACCGCGACGCUGGCCUCGCUGGCGCCCGCCCGCGGCUCGGGCGAGAAGCUGAUGCCGGGGGCCAUCUACGUGCUCGUCGCCGCCAUGGCCGGCAGCAUCGUCACCCGCAACCGCAACGUGCUGCUGCGCGCCGCCGCGCCCCUGGCCUUUGGCGUCGGCGCCGGCUGGGCCGUCCUGCCCGUCACGAUGCGCAACGUCGGCGACCUGGCGUGGAGGUAUGAGGAGCGCGUGCCCGCCGUCCGGGACGCGCACCUCCAGAUCCGCGAGGGCCUCGAAAAGGGCGCCAGCUUCGCCAGGGUUCACGCCCGCCUGGGCGUGCGCCUCGUCGACGAAAAGGUGACGGACGCCAGGGAGAUUGUCGAGGGCUGGGUCAAGCAGGGUAAAUAA